UCACUCUGCUCGCUUUGAAGGGAGGAAAUUUGCACUUUUGCACAAGCACGAGCAGCAGCAGCAGGCUGGGGAUGAAGUGAUUCACAGCAUGGAGAAGGGGGAGGGAGGGUAGGGCAGAGGAGUUUGACACUUCUGCAUCAUUUCCUUUCACAUGAGGUUUGCUGUUGUUGGUGCCUUGAUCUGAUUUGUGUCGUCUGUCUGCCUUCUCACUUACCUUCUGGUGGCACGUUGAUACUGUGAUGGAUCUGAGGGCUCUUGUGAUCAUCUCGGCGCUCGCUCUUGUGACUAAUGGAAAUACCCAAACUCCAGAUUAUAACCAAACUGAAAACUACACUGUCAGCUCCAUUUCCCUGACUAGCAGUCCUGCGACAACUGCCACCACCUCUAAAAGUACAAACUUCGUGGAUAACUUCACUUCUUCAACCAAAUGUAAAGCUGAGAAGGACGCGACACAGCUGAAGACCUACAAAGUGAUGACAGCGUUGCUCUUCUGCAUAUUGCUCAUCCUUUUCCUGAUGCGCUUCACCAGACCUACUGUAAAAGCCCUGCAGAAGAGAUUGUCAGACAGGAGGCAGAAUCGUUGGAUAGGACCUACACAGAGUCACAGCGUGUCUUAUCAUCGAGGGAAAACUGCAGUUAAAAAUAAUGAUGGAGAUAAGAGACACUCCUACCCUGCUCUGGAUCGUUUGGUAAUCUCUGACAGCAGAGAGCCUUCAUCCAAUAGGAACAGUGACUACAACCUCUGACUUGCAUCUUACUCCAUCAUCUUCCUCCAUCAUCUUCCUCCGUCAUAAUCAACAUCAAUGUCAUCAUUGUCUUAUGUGAGCUGGAAAUGUAGUAUGUUUUCAUUUGUAGCUAUAUUUCACCUAUUUUGUGAGUCUAUCAAGAAGUCACAAAUUUAGGUUCAAAGUUAUGUAAAAGUGAGUUUCAUUGUGGCCUCACCACUGUGAGAGAUCCACUGUGAGAGAUCCACUGUGAGAGAUCCACUGUGAGAGAACAAAAACUUUGCACAGGGUCUCAUCCUUGCCUUACAGAGUGCAGCUACAACACCAACCCAAAAACUGUAGAGCACACACACACACACACACACACACACACACACACACAAUAUUCAUGAAUGACUGUACAGCACACAAUUUUGUAGUAGAUAAAAUCCAAAUCAAUUCACCCAGUUCUUGUUUUGAAAGUCAUGUCAGAGUAUGCUGUGCAGUCAUUCCACCCUGGAAAAGAACAAAGAAGUCAUUAAAAGGAGCUUCAUCAAAUCAGACAUCUGUUUAUAGUUUGCUUUACUGGAAUUUAGCUUUACGUGCCAGUCGUGUAAAGUUUAUAUCAAUAAAACAUACAGGAUGUACCACAGGGCUGUGCGUCUACACACACCUAGAUUUCCAAGUUUACAUUAAUGUAGUUGAGUUUUUUUCUCAAUCACACAGCUAUAAAAUCACAUCUAUUCCAAAAUAGUCAUAUAUAACCUUAGUUCAAAGCUCCCCAUGUUUCUGUGUGUCUGAAUGUAACUAUGUUUCUGUGAGCUGUGUCCAAAUGACUCUCGGCACUGAAACAGAUGGCGUUACACAUUUAUACAUGUUGUACAAAGCCUGUAACUUAACCAUAAAUAAAUAUAAGACAGAGACAGGACCAUUUAAAUCAUUUCUACAUCUCUGACAUGUGAGUUGUCGCCCUCAUCGUCUCAAACUUUAACCGAAUCCUUUGUCCUGUUUUGCAGAGCCUUAUCUCCAUCACAGUCCAUUUAGUUUUAGUUCAGUUUAAUCCACUUAAUCUAUUAAUAUCUCAAACACAUAAACAUUUUUAAUUAAGGGUCUCUACCUUACAAUGUAAAGCACCUUAAGACAACUUCUGUGUUUAAAUAUAACUGAAUUGAAUAAAGUUUUGAAUUGCAUCACAUUUUGACGUGUUCAUAAACAACAAAUAAAAUUCAACCUGUCUUCUCCUGGGCUUAGUCAGGCUCACGUCACUCAAUGAUUCAGAAGAAUCCACUAAGCAAUUAGAAAUGUCUAAAGUUGUUUUUUGUUUUUUUAUUUAUUGUUUAAUAUGAAAGUUAGUCAUCAAGAAGGAUGGAAAACAGAAAAUGCUAUUUUAAGUAAGCACUCCAGUUUUUUAAAUGGUAACUUCCAGAUAAAUGUUUUUCUUUCUGUGCUUUAUUCUAUUAAAUGUUGUGUCUGUUCGAGUAUAACUUUAGUGUUAGUGCAGUUAGUGGCCUCAGCGGCUUCACAGUACUUUUCACUUAUUGAAUACUUUUUACUUUGCUUGCUUACAAGUUUCACAACUUGAAUUCUUUGUGUAUGAAUAACCAAUGAUGACCCUGAGAACUGCAGGAACAAUCUUCAACAUGUUGUAAAUAUUCUCCUCAUCAAAAGAUUUUCAGAAGAAGAACAAUUGGAGUGUAACAUGGUAAUAUAGUACUGUUUGUAAUACUAAGUGCAACUUUUUGUCAUAAGUAAAAUGAUUCAACCAA